AUGGGGUCCCUGUUCCGGAGCGAGAGCAUGUGCCUGGCGCAGCUCUUCCUGCAGUCGGGCACGGCCUACGAGUGCCUGAGCGCCCUGGGCGAGAAGGGCCUGGUCCAGUUCCGAGACCUCAAUCAGAAUGUAAGUUCUUUCCAAAGGAAAUUCGUUGGCGAGGUGAAGAGGUGUGAGGAGCUGGAGCGGAUACUGGCGUACCUGGUCCAGGAGAUCCACAGAGCCGACAUUCCCCUUCCGGAGGGAGAGGCCAGUCCUCCGGCUCCGCCUCUUAAGCAGGUCCUGGAAAUGCAGGAGCAGCUGCAGAAGCUGGAGGUGGAGCUGCGGGAGGUCACGAAGAACAAGGAGAAGCUGAGGAAGAACUUGCUGGAGCUGAUCGAGUACACGCACAUGCUGAGGGUGACGAAGACCUUCGUGAGACGCAACGUGGAGUUUGAACCCACUUACGAGGAGUUCCCCCCCUUGGACAGCGACUCCUUGUUGGACUACAGCUCUAUGCAGAGGCUGGGAGCGAAGCUGGGCUUCGUGUCCGGCCUGAUCAGCCAAGGGAAAGUGGAGGCGUUCGAAAGGAUGCUGUGGAGGGCCUGCAAGGGGUACACCAUCGUGACCUGCGCGGAGCUGGACGAGCCCCUCGAGGACCCCGAGACGGGAGAAGUCAUGAAGUGGCACGUGUUCCUGAUCUCCUUCUGGGGAGAGCAGAUCGGCCACAAGGUCAAGAAGAUAUGUGACUGCUACCACUGCCACGUGUACCCCUACCCGAGCACGGCCGCCGAGCGCCAGGAGAUCCAGGAGGGGCUGAACACCCGCAUCCAGGACCUCUACACCGUGCUCCACAAGACCGAGGACUACCUAAGGCAAGUGCUGUGCAAGGCCGCCGAGUCGGUCUACACCCGCGCCAUCCAGGUGAAGAAGAUGAAGGCCAUCUACCACAUGCUGAACAUGUGCAGCUUCGACGUGACCAACAAGUGCCUCAUCGCCGAGGUCUGGUGUCCUGAGGCGGACCUGCAGGGCCUGCGCUGGGCACUCGAGGAUGGGUCGAGAGAGAGCGGCGCCACGAUCCCCUCGUUCAUGAACAGGAUCCCGACGAAGGAGACGCCGCCCACGCUGAUCCGCACCAACAAGUUCACCGAGGGCUUCCAGAACAUCGUGGACGCCUACGGCGUGGGCAGCUACCGGGAGGUGAACCCAGCGCUCUUCACCAUCAUCACGUUCCCCUUCCUCUUCGCCGUGAUGUUCGGGGACUUCGGGCACGGCUUCGUGAUGUUCCUGUUCGCCCUCCUGCUGGUGCUCAACGAGGACCACCCGCGGCUGACUCAGUCCCAGGAGAUCACGCGCAUGUUUUUCAACGGCCGCUACAUCCUCCUGCUGAUGGGGCUGUUCUCCGUGUACACCGGCCUCAUCUACAACGACUGCUUCUCCAAGUCCGUCAACCUCUUCGGCUCCGGCUGGAACGUGUCCGCCAUGUACAGCGCCGGCCACUCGGCCGCCGAGCGCGGCAGGAUGGCGCUCUGGAACGACAGCGUGGUCAAGCACAACCGGGUCUUGCAGUUGGACCCCAGCGUCCCUGGCGUGUUCCAAGGCCCUUACCCCCUCGGCAUCGACCCCAUUUGGAACUUGGCCACGAAUCGUCUCACUUUCUUGAAUUCGUUCAAGAUGAAAAUGUCUGUGAUUUUAGGGAUUAUCCACAUGACUUUUGGAGUCGUCCUGGGAAUAUUUAACCACUUGCACUUCAGGAAGAAGUUCAACAUCUACUUGGUUUCCGUCCCAGAGCUGCUCUUCAUGCUCUGCAUCUUCGGGUACCUCAUCUUCAUGAUCUUCUACAAGUGGCUGGUCUACUCCGCGGAGACCUCCAGGGCCGCCCCCAGCAUCCUGAUCGAGUUCAUCAACAUGUUCCUGUUCCCGGGAAGUGCGACGAGCGGGCUGUACUCGGGCCAGGAGCACGUCCAGAGGCUGCUGCUGGCCGUCACCGCGCUGUCCGUGCCGGUCCUCUUCUUGGGGAAGCCCCUGUUCCUGUUCUGGCUGCACAACGGGCGCAGCUGCUUCGGGGUCAGCAGGGGCGGCUACACGCUCGUGCGGAAGGACAGCGAGGAGGAGGUGUCCCUGCUGGGAAGCCAGGACGUGGAGGAGGGCAGCGGCCGGCUGGAGGACGGGUGCAGGGCCGUGACCGGCGAGGAGUUCAGUUUCGGGGAGAUCCUGAUGACGCAGGCGAUCCACUCCAUCGAGUACUGCCUGGGCUGCAUCUCCAACACGGCGUCCUACCUGCGCCUCUGGGCCCUCAGCCUGGCUCACGCACAGCUGUCCGACGUCCUGUGGGCCAUGCUGAUGCGCGUGGGCCUCCGGGUGGACACCACCUACGGGGUCCUGCUGCUGCUGCCCGUCAUCGCGCUCUUCGCGGUUCUGACGGUCUUCAUCCUUCUGGUCAUGGAAGGGCUGUCUGCGUUCCUGCACGCCAUACGCCUGCACUGGGUAGAAUUUCAGAACAAAUUCUACGUUGGUGCAGGCACCAAAUUCGUCCCUUUCUCAUUCAGACGCCUUUCGUGGAAGUUCAGCGACGAGGAGGCGUGACCACGUGGCCGCGCCCGGCCAGCUCUCAGAGUGACAGAGAAUUAUCAUGUUGUAGAAAUUCACUUAGGUCAGAUUCACGAUGGGGAAAAUUCUGUCUUCAUUGAUUGCCUUAUGAUAUAGCCAAAUAAUUCUGUAAGAUAUACCUCUUCCUCAUGUUAAAUAUUUUGUAAAGUUGAUCGAUUUUAGAUACGUAAAUCUAUUUCAGUUUUUAUGAUGAGCAAAUAUAAGUUAAUGCCAACAGCUACGCUAAAGUUAUUUUUUAAAAUACAGACUUGGGGGAGAGAAGCCCAUGCCAAAUGGCUAACUGAAAAUGGUCUUAGAUACUUAAUUCCUUUUCACCUUAUUAAAAAAAGAAAAAAAAAACAGAGUUAUUCUGUCACCUGAAGUCAGAUAAUAUUUUCCAACAGCUGAGUUGAGUCUAGUUUUUUAAAAAUGUUAAUGACGGAUAAUCAAGACAUGUAUUCUGCUUGACUGAAAGUAUGUGAACCUUUUUUAUUGUAUGCUGUCCAAUUACGAGCAGGAGAUGGUUUCUACAAUUUUGUCUUCUUUUAUAAUUGGGGAAACGGGGUAACAGAACCUACAACACGUGGUGACCCUACUUGUAUGUAUUUUUAAAGACCUCUCGCCCUGUUGUCCCUCCAUCAAACCAGAGAUGAUGACUGUGUGUGUGUUCGGAGAGAAACCGUACUCGGAGCCUCGCAGCGCAGUGUGCCUGGCGGAGGCGUGGCACAGGCUGGGUCGGACGCAAGUGACCCGUGCAACUGGACCCGAAGGGGUUUGUGCUGCGUGAGGGAAGGGUAAAAAGCAGUCUUCUGUGUAUUUUUAUAACAAAACAUACGUUAAGAUAUUUUACCAUAAAGAGAUUGGAACCUACCCUUGAGCACAAUACAUUGAUAGUUCUUUUACUUUCAGACUAAGUCUAAAGAAAGGUCUGAUGAAGGCAUUUAGAGUUAAUUUGAACUUUAAACUAAUUGUUAAACUAAACUUUAAAACUAAUUGUUAGCCAUUAACUUGGAGUCUUUAGUUUAAGUUCGCCUGCCCCCUUUGACAUUUAGUUUUACGUGAAUGUCAGUCCCGUCGAACAUUC